AAGCACCAUCCCUAAGCGCCGAAACGUUGGGUAAACAAUAAACCCGUUUUAAGAAUAAAGACUGCGUAGCUACUAAAAGUUUCCAGUUCUGAAAGGAUGCUGACGGAAAUUUUGGAAGGAUUCGGACAGAAUCCUUGUAUUCUGGCAACCAUACUGAGAGGAUUCUGACGAGAAUACUGAGAGAUUUUAGAAAAGAAUUAUGGCAGAAUUCUGACACGAAUCCAGAAAGAAUUCUCAAUGAAAAUACAGAGAGGAUAUUUGCGAAAAUCCUGAGAGGAUCUUCUCGAAAACUCAGUGCGAAUACCCGGAAGGAUUCUUACUUAAAUCCUGAGGGGAUUCUGCUAAGAAACUUGAGAGGAUUCUGACGAGAAUCCUGACAGGAUUCUGGCAGGAUUCGUACUCUUUCGAGAGGAUUCUGAUAUGAAAAUCCUGAGAGAAUCCUAGUCAAAAUCUGAGAAAACCCUAGAAGAAUUCUCACGAAAAUCCUGAGAGGAUUCUGACGAGAAUCCUGGGUGGUUUCUGAUGAAAAUCAUGGGAAGAAUCUGACAACAUCCCUGAGAGGAUUGCGACAAUAAACGGCGGUAUUUCAAAAUACGUGAUAAAAACCACGUCGUUUAAUAAAAAUGUGUGUGAAAAAAGAGUAUAGGUAUAGGUUUUUUUAAGGGGCGUUUCAAGGGGUUACAGGAAUUUACAGUCAGGUUUCAGAUGCGGACUAUAGGGGGUUCCACAAGGGCUUAGAGGGUUCCAGAAUGUUUUAGGAGGUAUUUAAGGGUGUUUCAAAGAGUAACAGGGCGUUUCAGAUAAGAUUCAGAAGCUUUUGGGGGUUUCAAGAUGUGUCAGGGCGCUUCAGGGUACCCAGACAACCAGGAAUCGCAAAAGGAUGCACGCUGUACAUCGUAUAAAGUACUAUUUUAAGUCACUAUCGCAUAUAUGUACGGCUAAGGUACAAUUUUCAUCACAUAUGAUGUUAUUUUUUGAACUUACUGCGAUGUAUCUGGUAAAAUCAUAUAAGAGUGCAAAUUAACUUUUAUAAUGUAUGACUACAUCGUAGUAGAUGAUAUUCCGAUGUUGUGUUGCGACAAAAUUUGCUUAUUCGCAAAAGUGUUCAAGUGAACUCGCAAAGUGUCAAUUGAAUUCGCAUUAUUGCGUACUGCGAUGAUUAUACGACUUCGCUUGUUACUUUUCUAAUUAUGUCAGUUUAACCCGCAUUGGUGUACAAACUAAAUCGCAUAAAAGUGAAAAUAAACUAAAUAAACAUACAAACUCGCAUAAGCUCGAAUCGUUAACGUUGGCAUAUUGCGAUGUGAUAUGUGAUAACAAUGAAAGAGGUGCUGUUGGAGUACCAAAAAGCUACCAGAUAGUGAAAGUCAUCAUUACGGUUACAAAACAAGGCACAAAGUCAUCAUUUUUGUUUUGUUGAUCUGAUAAUUAACAAUGGGUGGUGCUAGCAAGAGAGCAGUAGUGGUAACUGCGCGGGAAAUCAUGCUAUAUCAUUUUCAUCUCCAGAUAGCCUGCCGAACACGUACAGCGCACGGAAACCUAGUGCAUUCCAACAAGCACCGAGGUGAUUUAGAAUUUCAUGACAAUUAAUCAGUGUGUUUCAUAAGUAGUGUUUGGUGUUAAGUGUGAAGUGCGGCUCGAUAAUCCAAAGGUGACAGAUUGUUUUGUUUCGAAUAUUUUUAAGUCGCAUAAGAUGCUAUAUUACGUCGCAAUAGUGCAUGCCGUGCAUCGCAUAAGAUAUCGCUUCAAGUCAUAUAGCGUCAUUAUUUUUCCGUCAAUGCACGUAUAGCGCCUCCACUUUUGUACGCAUAAGGCUCUUUUACUGCAUCUUAUGCGAUGUAACUUUACCGCAUAAAAGUACGUAUAACAUGAACAUAAACUUCAUUAUACGUGCAAAUUGGUUGUCUGGGUAGUUUCAGAGGCGUUUUAGAGGGUUUCAGGAGGUUCCAGGAUGUUUUAGGUGAACCUUUAGGGACAUUUUAAUGCGUUUUUUGAAGUUUCAGGUAGUGUUCAAGAGUGUUUCAGGUGAGAUUUUAGGGGCCGCCUAUGUAACGCCUCUGUAACGUCUCUGAAUCUUCCCGGAAAACCUCAGUAAUUUCGUAAAAUGCUUCCGACAUUUCGCUAAAACCCCUUCUGACCCCAUGUAACACCCCUCAAAGCUUCCCCUGAAACCUCUAAUCUUCACACAUAUCAUGACUUGACUAUUUACGCGGUUUUCAAUACGUUUGUUUUUUAAACGCUAUUUUUUAUGCGAACCGCGCAUUCAGAGAAGAACUGUUUUUAUAAUUCAUCGAAAAUUCAUGCCGUAUUUUUUGGCAAACUUGUAAGAGAAGUCCACGAACAAAAAUAUUGAAUUUUCUCUAUUAACUAAUUAUGAUCUUCGAAAAAUUGUACAAACAAGAAUGUGUUUCAUUUCAAUAAGCCCUUAUCGUUCCAAUAAAUUUAAACUUUAUAACGGCAAAUAGUAUGAACUCUAAUUACAGUCUUUAUAGUCAAACUACCCAUAGGCGUUCAUCUUCCAAUAGUAAGUACAUCUGCCACACAGAUCUAAUAGAUGUGUUCUAGCAUAAUUCUAUCUAUUAUCUAUUCCAUUCUAUCCACCGACAGGCUCGUCACCAAAUGACAGUGUUUACCGCUCAAGUCAUUGAUCCCCGUUACUUCACCGGUGCACUUUCUACCAGAAUAACCGCAAACCAUUCGCGACAAGAUGAUUAUAAAUAGUUCAUUAGCAGACUAGCGGUCCAUCCCGCUCAAAGCCAUUUAAAGUCCACCGGACCACACUGACUUCGUCUCGUCGAGAGGAGGGUGCUGCGCCUAACGAUAGAUCCACGCGUCGUCAGUUUUACGAUCUUCGACGGCACGUGGAUCGUUACGAACCGGUUCUGCAGUUAUCACACGGGAAUCCUAGCGGCGGCAGCCGCCGUCGCCGCCGCCGUCACCCAAUUGAUGUUUUCGAUUUUAUUUAACGACUCUUCCUGGCCCGGGCAGUUGUUCGAAAUGUUUCGCUCGAAGAAGCAGAACUGCUUCGGCUGGUGCUUGGUGUUGGUCGGCUUACGGAUGGUGGUGGGUGCGUCCGUUAGGACUGCCAGUCAAACCAUGAUCAACGCCGGCCUGCACGGGUUGAGUCCUCGAAAGUACCAGGCGAUCACUGAGGACGGCUACCAGCUGGGCGUGUAUCGACUGCAGCCGCCAGGAUGGACUCGUGGAGUGGUCUUGUUACAGCAUGGCAUUCGUCAGUCGUCUGCCGAUUGGUUGGUGAUCGAUCGUAACCUGCCGCAGCAGCUGAUGGAAGCCGGUUUUGAAGUUUGGCUCGGUAACUCUCGGGCAUCUCCGGAAACAACAAGUCACAAGAAGCAUCCGAGGAACUCCGAGUCGUUCUGGGACUUCAGUUUCCACGAAAUCGGAUACUACGACUUGCCGGCCAUGAUAGACACCGUAUUGGCGAACAGUGGACGCAGUCAGCUGCACUUGGUCGGGUACUCUGAAGGUUCGACAGCAUCGUUGAUCCUGCUAUCGGAACGACCCUCGUACAACUCCAAGGUCGUUUCCCUGAACGUGAUAGCCCCGGCGACGUUCAUGAUCAACAGCUUGAUAAAGCAGUUUGCCUACUUCUACGAAACAUUUCGGGACAGUUUCCCGUGGAACCUUCAGGAGAUCGUAACCGGCAGUGACAAACCGAUGAUCAACUCGGCGAAACAGUUGGAGCACUUCCAGCAGCUGCUGGUCACCGGACGCUUCCGGCAGUACGACUACGGUGAGUGGGAUAACGUGCAGCGGUAUGGGGUGGAGAGGCCACCGCCAUACUCGCUGUGGAGGAUCACGACUCCGGUGACGGUGCACUACGGGACGGCUGACGGAAUUGUACCGCCUGGAGAUGUCCGAAACUUGGCUAUGCAGCUGCACACGAGCAAGCGGGUCCGGAUCGUUCAACAUGAUUUCUUCGAUCACCGGGGCUUCACGAUGGCGCCGGACGCUGCCGUUAGAGUAUACCCUCGGAUUAUUUAUGCUAUUAAGGAGUAUUCGCGGUGAUACGGUUGGAAAUCAAGCUCCUGUUAGUCGACCAAACCCUUUGAAUAAUUGUGAUAAUACGAAUAAAACAGUUUUGCAGCGGA